UCGAGAUGAAAAUCUCAAUAGUUUUUAGCUUAAUCUACGUCAUCGUCUCAUCCUGGUGUCAAGAUGAAACAGUGUUUCACUGUUCUCCCAAGCCUGGUUGCCAGAUUGCACAAUGUGAUCCUGUUGCUGUAGGAUGGGACAGACCAGGUUUCAACAUUGACGAACAUCUGCAUGACAAAGAGUUUCCUAUUACGUGCAAAUCUAAGAAUGCGGAACAACCUCAGAAUGCUUUGAGCCUGUUUCCUUUCGUAUCCAGAAAUACUAUGGAUAUUGGAAGUAUCAAAUCAGAAUUGAAAGAGCUGGAAGGAAACUCCAACAAAAACGCAGAAAAUAUUGAUGCAUUGAAGCGGAAUUAUUCCGACAUCAGUAACAUCAAAUCAGAAUUCAAAGAGUUGGAAGAAAACGUUGAUGAAAAAAUGAAAAGCAUUCAUAGCUUUGAGAAAGAAAUUUCAAUAAUUCGUGAAAUACAGAAUGAAAAUGCGGAGCAAUUUGCCGAAAUAGCUGACCUAAAACAGAGCCGUAAAGAACAAUCAGCUGAAAUCGUUGACCUAAAACAGAGCCGUAAAGAACAAUCAGCUGAAAUCAGGGAAUUGAAGAAAGAUUUAGUCCGACUUGAAACGAUGAACAACGAGCUACUGAAAGAAUUGAACGAACAAAAGCAAACAAACAAUGAGAUGAAGAAAUCAAUGGAGCGGAUUGAAGAAAAACUCUCUGCAACGGAGAAGCCUCGACAGGUUCAAUCUGGAAACCAACAGAGACCGACGACAACAACCAAAACAACAUUGAAACCGACUCCUUCCCCAGAAAACUGCGAAUUGAAGAUUAGAAAUAUCUGUUUUUUCGCUGUGAUACGAGUUGAAGAAGAUGUUAACUACGACAAAGCAGUUGAUAUUUGUAAGAAACGUAACGCAGAUGUUGGUUUGAUUCGAGAUGAAGAAUCUUACAAUGCGAUUAUGGAUUACCUGAGAAAGAAUAUUCUAAAGGGAAGGUCGUGGAUCCAAAUAUGGACUGGAAUCCGCUUUGAUCCAAUGGUUAUUGUCAUAUGCCUGUUCUAUUUAUACUUUUUGAAGGAAACCAUCUGUCCUGAUGAUUGUGAUGGAAAUAUGUAUGUCAAGUGAAUAAGGAAUCUGCUAAAUGCUUGGUUUCUUCUUUUUCAUUACUGUAGAUUGCGCUCAUAACACAUCAGAUCCUUUGAGUACAGGGGUCACUGUUUGAGGUUCCGUACUUUUGAAAUGUAAUACGUAUGUACGAGUGAUAACGAAUAUCUUAAUCAGUGUUUAAUUUUAUAGGAAUUGUGCUGUUCCUAACAAGUUAAUACCCAGCCACAUGAACCUAAAGUUUUUUUACAGCAUAUAAGAGACUAUUAAGAAUUACAGUUGAUCAUGAAUAAUCCAACGAUAAUCUUCAUCUAAUAAUUUUUACUGUUUGUUCUCAGACUCGUGAAGUCACACCUGCAGAUUCCUUUAUUAA